CAGAUAGAGUCUAAAAGUUUCCAGGAGGGCACAGAGUUUAACAGCGGGAGGUUCGUCUCUGUCCCGCCACCUGAUGAGCAACUCGAAAAGCGUAGAAAACUUAAUUUGGAGAUAUUUCAACGCAGAGCCAUAAAGGAGGAGACUUCUAAACCCUUGAGAACAUCAGUGACCGCCGGACUUCAGAGAUGGCUCUAUCUUUUCCACGCAGGUGUUUGCUGUUGCUGUGUCUGACAGCUGUGCAAAGCGGCCGCGCCACCGUGCAGCAGACGUGCAUGGAUAAGCACCAGGUGGUCGGGGUGCUGCGUCAAAUGGAGAAGUUUCUGAAAGGCCAGGAGAUCCGGUUUACCGAGGGCCUGCGGAUCAUGAAGUCAAAGCUGGCCACUCUGCAGAACUCCGUCUCCAAGUUACCUCAAGCGGACCAGUCGGCCGCCCCCAUCACCUGCCCCACCCUGGAAGUCCCCGCUCACGGAACCAAGUUUGGCUCAAAGUAUUUCGUGGGACACGAGGUUCACUUCACUUGCACCCAGGGCUACUACCUUGUCGGCGCCGCCACGCGUGUUUGCCGUGACAACGGCACCUGGACCGGCGCCAGCGCCACCUGUAAAGACAUCAGUGAAUGUGCAAGUAAUCCCUGCCAAAAUGGAGGCACCUGUGUGGAAGGAGUCAACCAGUACAAAUGCACCUGCCCCCAGAACUGGACCGGCUCUCACUGCCAGCAUCAGACCCAGACAGCACCACCCGAGUGGAGCGUAAUGAAUGACCCGGCGUUCAGCAGGAGGCCUCGCUGUGCCCAAGUGAACCAGGCCCAGCACUGCAGCUGCGAUGCAGGAUUUCACAUGAGUGGCACCUCCGACAACAGCAUCUGUCAGGAUGUAAACGAGUGUGAAGUGUACCGGCUGGACCAGGGAGGCAAACUGUGCAUCCACGAGUGUGUGAACGUCCCCGGCUCGUACCGCUGCUCCUGCCCCAGCGGUUACAAGCUGCUCCCGGACGGGCGGAGCUGCGAGGAUGUGGACGAAUGUCUAAGCCAGCAGCACAACUGCAGCCGAGGGACGACUUGCAUCAACACGGGGGGAGGCUUCCAGUGCGUCAACCCAGACUGUCCCCGUUCCCAUGGCAACAUAAGCUACGUCAAGACAUCUCCCUUCCAGUGUGAGAGAAACCCCUGCCCCAUGGACAGCCGCUCCUGCCACCUGGCUCCGAAAACCGUGUCCUUCCACUACCUGUCGCUGCCCUCCAACCUGCAGACCCCCGCCACCCUGUUCCGCAUGGCGACCGCCACGGCGCCGGGCCGCACGGGGCCCGACAGCCUGCGCUUCGGCAUCGUGGGCGGGAACUCCCGGGGCAUCUUCGUCAUGCAGCGGUCGGACCGGCAGACCGGGGAGCUGAUCCUGGUCCAGCCGCUGCGCGGGCCGCAGGAGAUCAGCGUGGACGUGGACAUGUCCGAGUACACCGACCGCGCCUUCCAGGCCAAGCACGUCGCCCGGGUCCACGUUCUGGUGUCGCCCUACAACUUCUGAGAGCUCGGAGAGGGACGGGACUGAAGGCCGGAGAGAAGUGGAGCGGGCACUUCGUCCUCUGAAACUGUUUCUUCACCUCCUCUCAGAAAUGAAUCUGUUGCCCGCUGGUGUUCGUUUAUGGCCGAUUACCAAAAGAGUCAGAAAGUGACAAGUAAAUGUUUAAUAUUAUGGGUCUGAAAUAUGGAAAAGUUCAUCCCAAACAAACGCUGCCUGUCACUUUAAAAGAUGAUAUUUGACUAUGUGUUUGAAGACAACAAUUUUAGCCAAGAAAAACACUGAUAAAGAUGCUUCGACGGAUGAAUAACUGUCAGCUACUGCUGUCGAUGUCGCAUUUUGCAUUUUUGAUGUCCAUCUUGGAUCACUUCUGUGUAGCUCAGGGUCAAGCCGGGCUGAUGCACUGCCUCUGCUUUCCUCAUUAGCAAUCCCUUUACGACAUUAGUGCUCCUGCAGCUCUAAUUUAUUGGAAAUUUGUUUUUUUGUUUUUUUACAAUGUAACAUAUUGUACGCCACAUGUUUUUCUCUGAUUAUAUACUGUAUAUUUGUUUUUUACUAACUUGCUUUCUUAGAAGCACCAUUCACAGUACUAAGGGAUGUUUUGUUUUUUUUUUUUUAUUAGUAGACACAGUACUUUACCUGAUAUGUUACCCAGAAAUAUUACCAUAUUAUUUGAAAUCAAUGAU